AUGUCAUUAGUUUCUGAUAGUCGUCCAGAAUUUCGUGAAAAUAUACUCAGAGAUUCCAUGUUGCAUUUACCCAUCCCAAUAAAAAUGUCUUCUACAAUGGCGGUCGGUUCUGAUGGUAUGAAAAAUCAAGGGGAAACUGACGUUCAGCAUUUGGGAAGACUGAAUAAUGAGAGUGAGAGUCGCUAUACAAUAAAACGUCCUUUCAAGCCAUUAUUUUAUACGGAUUCAAGUCUUUAUUGUACUUCAAUGCCGUUCACUGAUGCAAUAGAAUUUGGUAGUCCAGGUGAUGGUUUAAUUAUACGUCCAACUAAAAUUGGUCUGAUUGUUUUACAUGUAACUGGAAAUUAUCCUCCAACUUAUAGUUUAAAUUUAUUGGAACGUUGUCUGGGAAAUUUCGAUUUGUAA